CGUCAACAGAAGUCCUCUGUUACUUCAUGGACACAGAACACAAACACUGCGGGAAUGGGAUCGACUAGAAACGUGGGUGUCGUUAUUUGGAAUGUGGACAUUUCCAGAGUGUGGCUAACGACUCCGGCAGAUCCGACUAUGACAGCUUAACUAACAGGCAGUUGAGAGGAGACUCAGUUUCACACAUCAAAUCCUCCACCGCUGUUAAGGACACAUUCAAUGAGUUUACAACAAGAAAGUGGUGAUCACACCUCUUCAUCUCCUGGAAAGCUGAAGUAGCGUCUCCAGAGAUAACAGCCAGAAUGAAAGUCCUGCUUUUAAAAGAGCCCCGAGAGAGUGCCAGCGGACCAGACCCAUAUAUAAAGGAGCUGGCUGCCUGUGGACUCUCCGCUACACUGAUCCCUGUUCUCUCUUUUAAGUUUGUGUCACUGAAUGUCCUGUCAGAGAAGCUUUUUCUGCCAGAGAAGCACGGAGGGCUGAUCUUUACGAGCCCCAGAGCAGUGGAAGCCGUGAAAAUGUGCAUCGAAUCCAGUGCACGGAGAGAAGAGUGGACCGCCACAAAAGACAAGUGGAACACAAAGCCAGUGUAUGUGGUGGGGAAAGCUACUGCGUCAUUAGUUGAGGCUCUGGGUCUGACCGCCUGUGGGGAGCAAACAGGCACUGCGGACGUUCUGUCUCGACUCAUCAUCGAAAGAGAAAAUCCGGCGAUCCUGCCUCUGCUGUUUCCCUGCGGCUCGCUGAAGAGAGAAGUGCUGCCCACUGCGCUCCGACAGAACGAAAUCCCUCUGGAGACCCUCACAGUCUAUCAGACGGCUGAACAUCCUGACCUGGAGAAAAAUAUCACUCACUAUUUUAAUAACCAGGGAAUGCCCGCCAGCGUCGCUUUCUUCAGUCCUUCAGGGGUGAAGUUCUGUUUGGACACUUUAAAGAGACUGGCUGGACCACGGCUGGACCAGAUUAAGUUUGCUGCUAUAGGCCCCACCACAGCGGACGCUCUGGAGGCAGAGGGCCUGACGGUGGGCUGCUCAGCGGAGAAACCAACCCCACAGCACCUCGCCAAGGGCAUCGCACAGGCCCUGAGCUCAACCGCCUCUGGCCUUUGACCUACGAGCCACAACAUCAAUACACUCCGUCCAGAGGAACAGAGCAAAGAUCAAAGGCCAUGAGCACAGACUAAGAUUUCGACACUGCGCACUAAAUUUCCACAUUUUUAAAUGUUUAAGACGUAAUCAGAGCGGUUUGGUGUGAAACUCUCUGUUCUAGAUAAACUGACCGAGUCAGAACCGUUCACAGUGGUGGUGAUGGGAACCAGACGUCCCUCUAAA